AAACUCCUCUCGUCCUUCCGGUGCCCCCUCACUCCCUCCCGAUGCUAGCACCGUCUUGGCUGCGGGAGCGUAAUGGCGGUGCACCGGGGACCCUCCACCAAAUGGCUCUUCUCCCGGGAGCAGCUGGACAACACGCCGUCCCGACGCACCGGAAUCGAGGCCGACAGGGAGCUCUCUUACCGGCAGCAGGCGGCCAACUUAAUCCAAGAUAUCGGCCAGAGACUCAACGUGUCUCAAUUGAUUAUCAACACUGCUAUAGUAUAUAUGCACAGGUUUUAUAUGAUUCACUCCUUCAGCAAAUUCCAUAGAAAUGUAAUUUCUCAGACUACUCUGUUCCUGGCAGCCAAAGUCGAGGAGCAGCCCAGAAAGCUGGAGCAUGUCAUUAAAAUAGCCCAUGCCUACAUUAACCCACAAGAGCCUGCCCUAGACACUAAGAGCAACGCAUUCCAGCAACAGACACAAGAGCUUGUAGCACUGGAAACAAUAGUGCUGCAAACGCUGGGUUUUGAAAUAACAGUUGAUCAUCCACACACUGAUGUUGUGAGGUGUUCCCAGCUAGUGCGAGCAAGCAAGGAUUUGGCACAGACUUCCUAUUUCAUGGCUACCAACAGUUUGCACCUCACCACCUUCUGCCUGCAGUACAGACCCACGGUGGUCGCCUGUGUCUGCAUCCACCUGGCCUGCAAGUGGUCCAACUGGGAGAUCCCCGUGUCCACAGACAGCAAGCACUGGUGGGAGUACGUGGAUCGCACCGUCACGCUACAGCUGCUGGACGAGCUCACACAUGAGUUCCUUCAGAUACUUGAAAAGACGCCCAGCAAACUGAAGAGAAUACGAAACUGGAGGGCUAUUCAAGCAGCUAAGAAGCCAAAGUCGGACGGCUCUUCUGUGGACAGUGUCUACCAGGGGACGUCCUUAGAUGGCCUUCCUGGGGUCAGCAACUCCUUCUUCCCCUCCACCUCCUCGGACUCCUCAGACAUGCCCUCCCUCAACAACAUCGCAGCCUCCUACGCCUCCUACCAGCCGCUGAGCGACGACUCAAAGAGCUGCGGAUACGACACCUUCGCUGAGCCGGAGUUCACGCUAGUGAAACACGAACACAAAGCUGCCGGCGGCUCCAGCAGCAAGCUGCAGCUCAGUACAAACGCUGCCACUUUUUCACGGCCGCAGAAAGUGUUGACUCUGGAAAAGUACCGGGAGAAACACGCGGCGGCGGACGUGACCUCGCAGAACGGGGUACGGGACGAGUCGAACACAGACAUGUACAUACCUCCGCACCACCACAAGAAACGCUCCCAGCAGGCGGGACAGUCGGGCGAGGGCCGGAGAGAGAAGAGCAGCUCUAAAAAGGCCCGGCUGCCUCACUCUUUAGCGGAGAACGGCUCGGCCACGGGCGAGGAGCUCAAGAUGAGGAUCAAAGUUUCAUCAGAGCGUCACGGCGGCUCGGAGUCAGGCGGUAAAGACAAGCACAAAGACCACCACCGCCACUCCAAACACGGCCACUCGCACCCUUACUCUGUCAGCGGGAACGGCCGGGGCACAAUAGACAGCGCCUCCUUAUCUAUACGAGCUCCCGACGUGGGCUCCUCCGGCUCCUCCCGUAAGAGGCCUCACUCUGACGCGGGGAACCACCACCACCACCACUCGUCCAAGAGCCGCAGCUCCAAAGCGGGCUCGGCCCACUUCUCGUCGGACGGAGGCCAGAGGAUGAUGGAGCACCACGGCCACGACGGCACCAACGGCAUGCUGACCACCAACGGCCAACACACCGACUACAAAGACACUUUCGACAUGCUGGACUCUUUACUAAGUGCCCAAGGAAUGAACUUGUAAUCCUCAGAGUCCGCAGUGCUGUCUAGAAUAAGGUAUUACCAUGUUUAAUAGAAUUUUAAGAAGAAACAAUUUACUUGUCUUAAGUUAUCUGCAUCGCCCUCAGUCGUUUCUACACACUGAUCCUCUUGUCAGAAAAAUGUUAUAUCAUAUGCAUAGAGCUGUGUGCGACUAGCUUGCAACAAAAAAAAGAAGAAAAUUACGGCUGCCAUUCUUUUAACGUUAGUAUGGUUUUAUCGUGCAUGUUUUUAAGUCACAAAAGGGAAAGCUGGUGUUCGCAGCCAUCGUGACGGUUUACAGACGGCCUUUUUUUCUUUUCUGUAUGUUGAAGACAGUUUUGUUCCACUGAAAAUCUCAGGUCUUGAACUUUUUUGAUAUAUAAGAAUGAAUCUUCCUCUGUUUGGGUUUGUUACCUGUAUCCGUGGAGAUGUAUCACCUCGUCUGUUUGACGAUGACGGCGGCGCCUCGGUGUCCGUCUUAGGAAAAAAAACAUGGUCUGCUUACGUUUCAAAGAGCGCAUCAAUAGCUAAAUAAAAAAAAAAGAAAACCAAGACACGAGGUUCUGUCUAUUUGCUGUUUAUCGGGACUCCUAAGGCCGCACCUGAACUUAAUGUGCAGACUCAUUAUAGAGCUACCAAUGAAGUUUACGUUACAUCUGCUGUGAAAGUGCAUUUAAGAUAUAUAGGCUAAAAAUUUACGAAAAAAGGGCCUUGUGAUUGUACCCUGUCAAUCGCUAUACAGUAUGAUACAUGUUACCAGAAAAUCUCUAAGAUAAGAAUGUGUAAAUAGGACUGUAGUUAUUGCAUCAGUCCACACCUUCCUCAUUCAGUGUAUCAUGGGAUCUAAAGCAGACUCUGUAAUGAACAACAUAUCCUCGAUUUGUGUAUUGGGAGCCCAAAUAAAGGUGUCAAAGUGA